UCCAAAAAAAAAUAUGAAAAACUUCUCAGUAUUUUUAUUUAUUUUAAGUCUCUGCGUGUUCAACCAUGUAUCCAGCGCCGGAAUCAGGAUCGCGAACGAUCUGAAAUUCAACAAAAAUCUUUGGAUGAGAUGUUAUUCUAAAGAUGAUGUUAUUGGUCCAAAAAUAAUACCAAUGGGACAAGAUUAUUCAUUUUAUUUUGGCAUUAACUUUUUUAGUACAACGCGUUUUAUGUGUACUUUGAAACAAGGUCCUAACUAUAAACACUAUCAGAGUUUUACAGCAUUCAAGGUUUUCAGUAAUUCAGAUACCGGAGGGCUAUGGGAUUGGAGAGCUAGAGAAGAUGGAGUUUAUUUAGUGAAAGAACAUGAAUUUUUAGUUCAGAAUCCAGUUAAUCUGCAUAAAGAGUAUGAUUGGAUAAAUUAA